CAAGAAAAUAACUACAUGUCCCAGAAGUCAACACCAGGAAGCGUGAUUUGCGGGUUGGUUUCAAAGUUUCAGUUUCAGAGAGCCGUGCAGCAAUGUCGCUGAACGUGGUGAAAUCAAACCUGACCUCCCUGAAGACCUGCCAGCCUGACAUCAGUAUAGGCAUGGACAUUGUGACUAAUGUGGCCCUGGAUUUACAAGAGAACGGAGGCAGCGAGGAAGAUUUCAAGAAGCUGGAGCAAAUGAUGCUGAACUGUGCAAGAAUGGAGAGAGAGAUCAACUAUUUUGUAGCAGCAGUGGAAGAAGUGACCUCACAGGUGAGGCAGGAUGACCCUGAGGGCUUGUCUAAAUUGACGGGCCUCGUAAAUCAAAGGUUUACUGACCUCCAGGCUGCUGCCAAGGACUCGCAGCUACACAAGCACAAGAAGGUGGUCCAGCUGAAAGAGACUCUGAAACGUAGCAAGGUGACAGUAGAGGCCACAGAGGAGGAGCUGGACGAAGACAUUGCUGUGACCCAAAGCCAGGUCAAUCCCACCUGCCCCAUUACCCAGGUGGACAUGGUUAAUCCAGUAAAGAAUAAAAAAUGCAACCACUACUACGAACAAGAGGCCGUGCUUGACAUGAUCAGGAGCAAGCAACAUCAGAAGAAGAAACUGCGGUGCCCUGUUGUUGGAUGUGGUAACACUGAUGUAACAAAGUCAGACCUGGUGCCAGAUCCUACAAUGAAGAGGCUCAUUCAGAACCAGAAGAAGCUCAGCACAAAGUCACAAAUGUGAGGCAGGAACCUGCACAAACGAGUGUGCAGAAGGCUUUGUUUGAAACAGGAGCAAGCUGCUGGAACCAGUGCCCUUUCACCAAUAGUCUCGGACAGUUUGAAACAGAGGGAAAGAGCUGUCAGUUCAGUCACAUAAUGGAACUCUAAGAGGAGGCAAGCAGUAUUGGAUGGACACGAAAAAUGUCUGCUUUAAGCAUUGUAUGCUUGGUGUAAUUCGUGUAAUUUGAGGCCUGGCAGUCAUGUAAAAAUCACAUCGGGAAAACACAGUGGUACCCCAUCCUGUUACUUACAUUAUCAUCAUCAUUUGGUUGCCAAAAUUUAUUUUUUUGCAGCGUCCCAGCUGUCUGAGUGAAUUUAUAAAAGAUGGAAUUCCAAGACUUAAAACAAAUUUGUAUAAACUCUGUUUUUAGCACUCUGCAGUGCUUUUUGACAUGAGUUAAUAAGCAGUUCAAAAGUUUCAUGUAUUAAAAAUGGACACUUUGUUCAACGACACCCCACUGAGCCUUCUUAGUCAUUAGCUGUGAUUGUACAGAGAUCUGUGUUAGUGUCAGCCUUGUGUUGCAUAUUCUAUCAAAGAUCACUCUUCACCAUCUGAUUAAUGCAGACCAAUCCCUUUACGGUCAGACUAAUAGAAUUGUCCUGUUUCAAAGAAAUUCCUUUAUAAAAAUGCAGGUUACUAAGUUUGCACUUAAUAGUUAUGAGUAAUGUGUAAAGGUAAUGUUGAGCCUACGGUAAACUUCAUUACUUGUUUCCAUUUAAUUUACCCAUGCAUUUCAUUGUUUAAAAAGAGAAAUAAGAAAACAGUUGACUUUUAACAUCCCCAAUACUAUUUGCAGAUAUUUCCUCUGUUUAAAUCUCCCUUGGCUGAUAAUUAAAAAAACAGGGAAGAGCUGAGUUUCAGAGGACCCGUUGACAUUAGAUGUGAGAUUUUUUCUUUCAAAACAGAAAACAAUUGUUUCCUUAUUUUUAAGUUUCUUACCACAUCACGCCAUAUGUCAUUUGCAUUAAUGAAUGAUUCAGAACACGAAAAUGUGUUUUUUUUAACUGAUUAAAGUAAGUUAACAAAAAGUCACUGAUUAUUUCUGGCCCCUGGCCAUGCAGCUUUUUAAACAAAAGAUGACAGACUGAAAGUAACAGCUUUGAAAAUGAAAGUAGCACUGCCUUCUUAUCUAAAGGAAAGACAGACCUGUUUCACAGUGGUUAUGCUGCAUGACAGAGAUGUGCUUCAGUUUGUGAGUCAACAGUGAAAAAAGGACAAAAAUGCACGAUGUCUAAAAUUAGAUGUAUAAUCUGUUGUGUACUGUGCCUUGUACUCCAUUCAAUACUGAUUGAUUCCAUAACCAGCUGUCAGCUUAGUACUGUGGAUUUUGUGUGUGCUCAGAAAUUAGCAAUAGUGACACAAAAAAUCAUUUUUAUUAAUUUUGCAUUUGUUUUUUAUUGUUUCAGUUCUGUUUCUGUUUGAUUUGAUAUGUUCGCAAAUGCACGUUCACCUGUUCAGAAUGUUUUAGAUUUUUCUGACCCAUUAAAAAAAAAAAAUAAUAAUAA